GCGGGGCGGGGGCGGGGCGUGCAGCGGGACUCCGCGGGCGCCGGAGGGACAGCAGUCUAGGUCUCCAGUGCCUAUUGGAUUUUUGCCUUAAAAAGUUCGCAGCUUGAAAUUUCUGACGCUGUCGAUGUAGAUUCAGUACAAUGAUUGAGUAGAGGACCCUCUGGAUCAGGCGGCGGGCGCCUGGCUGCUGAAGGAUGAACGGAGAGGAGGAGUUCUUCGAUGCCGUCACAGGCUUUGACUCUGAUAACUCUUCCGGGGAAUUUUCAGAGGCGAAUCAGAGACUCAGUGGCGUGAUUCAUGUGGACACCAGCAAAAGUAAUGGGAUCGGAAAAGUUGGGGACGGGCCUCCUCAGGAGAAUGGGAUUCAGAAGCACAGGACAUCUCUGCCUGCCCCAAUGUUUACCAGAAGCGACUUCAGCGUGUGGAGCAUAUUGAAGAAGUGCAUUGGCUUGGAGCUGUCCAAGAUCACGAUGCCCAUAGCCUUCAAUGAGCCCCUGAGUUUCCUGCAGCGGAUCACAGAGUACAUGGAACAUGUGUACCUAAUUCACAGAGCCUCCCGCCAGCCCCAGUCCCUGGAAAGGAUGCAGUCUGUGGCAGCCUUUGCGGUUUCGGCUGUGGCUUCCCAGUGGGAGAGGACCGGCAAGCCCUUCAACCCGCUUCUGGGGGAGACGUAUGAGCUCAUCAGGGAAGACUUAGGGUUCAGAUUCAUAUCCGAGCAGGUCAGCCACCACCCCCCGAUCAGUGCUUUCUACUCGGAGGGCCUCCACCAGGACUUCCUCUUUCAUGGCUCCAUCUAUCCGAAGCUUAAGUUCUGGGGGAAGAGCGUGGAAGCAGAGCCCCGCGGCACCAUCACACUGGAGCUGCUCAAACAUAAGGAGGCAUACACCUGGACCAACCCUACGUGCUGUGUCCACAACGUGAUUAUCGGCAAGCUCUGGAUAGAACAGUAUGGGACAGUGGAGAUUUUAAACCACAGGACUGGAGAUAAGUGUGUGCUUCACUUUAAACCAUGUGGACUGUUUGGGAAAGAACUUCACAAAGUGGAGGGGUACAUUCAAGACAAAAGCAAAAAGAAGCUCUUCAUGAUCUAUGGCAAGUGGACGGAGUGCUUGUGGGGCAUAGACCCUGUUGCAUACGAGUCCUUCAGGAAGCAGGAGAGAAGAGGGGACUCCCUGCGGAAGAUGAAACCGGACGACGGCCCCGAGAAGGCUGAUGGCGAUGUGGCGGACACUGUGCCCGAGUCUCAGGAAACGGUGCAGGUCAUUCCAGGCAGCAAGCUACUCUGGAGAGUCAAUACCCGGCCCCCCAACUCCGCUCAGAUGUACAACUUCACUAGCUUCACAGUGAGUCUCAAUGAACUGGAGACAGGCAUGGAGAAGAUCCUGGCCCCCACCGACUGCCGGCUACGCCCUGACAUCCGUGGCAUGGAGAACGGCAACAUGGAUCUGGCAAGCCAGGAGAAGGAGCGGCUGGAGGAGAAGCAGAGGGAGGCCCGGAGGGAGCGGGCCCGGGAGGAGGCUGAGUGGCAGACGCGGUGGUUUCACCGAGGCAGUAACCCCUACACUGGGACCCCCGACUGGCUGUACGCGGGGGGCUACUUCGAGCGGGAUUUCUCAGGCUGCCCCGACAUCUACUGAGAGGCUGGACCGGCCCCCAGACCCGGAGACCUGGAGGCUGGACUCUGUCAAGCGGCUGCUCUGAGCUUCCGCCACGGCAGAAACCAGCUUUUCUCAUGACUGUUCAUGGAGAUUGCACCGUCCCUGGUUGAGGAUUUAAUUCUAAUUAACUUUUGAUUGCCAAACAUUUUACUACUGUUGCAGCCUCUUCAUAAAACUUCCCUUGGGAUCAUCAUGUUUCCAUUAAGGUUUGGGAAGGAACAGUCUUUACAGUUCCCUUUAUGUGGCAGGACGAGCUGGGCUGGUGUAGAGUACAGCACCCUCUUCAUUACAAAAAGCUAUAAAUAAAGGAAGUAAUGGGAGGGGUCCAUAUUCCUCUUCGUGAUGCAGUGGCAAAGGGUUUCUGAAAGUAUUUUAAAUCUGAACCAGUAACAGGAAAAGAUGGAUCUUGAGAAAAGUGCCACCAGGAGCCUUAUACAGGCCAGGAAUUGCUUUCUAGAUCACAGUAACACAGAAGUGGAGGUUUUCAAAGCAGUCGAUUGAAUGAAAUGAAAAGUUGUCAGAGUUUGUAUUUUUUAUCAAUUUUCAAUAAUGUAAAGAUUACUUUGAAAAUAUUUAAGUUCAAACUACUUGAAUAAUACUUUGCUGAAGAGCAAGAUAGGCAUUAAUCACCACUUGACACUGUCGAAAAUGAAGCAUUACCAUGACAAUGAGGGUGGCAAGAAACUCUGACCAGUAGUUCCCAGAUGGCUCCUAGCCCUCUGGUCCCUGGGGCUCCCCCUCGCUGCAGGCCACGCCCUCACACAGAGUGAGUCCCGCACGCACGGCAGUCGACCUGUCCCUGCAGCACUCGUGUUCCUGUCAUGCAUGUGUGGCCCGCCUCGGGGUGUCCUUGCCGCUGUGCGUGUCCGCCUCUGCACACAUGUACACCCUGUGACUGUUUACUUUCUGUAGAGAUGCCAACACCACUGGCCGUGGCAGAGCUCUUUGAAUCGAAGACAAUCUGCCGUGUGCACGUGUGCACGAGCGCAUGCGUGCACACACAAGCAGCUGUACACAGUGUGGGUUCUCAGCAAGAGGGUGUCAGCAUUGUGUGUCCUGGCUUCAAAACCACAUUUGUAAUUAAAACACUUUUA